AGAAUUGGUGUUAUUUUUUCCUGAAAUGUUUGGUAGAAUUCACUAGGGAAACCAUCUGGCCUGGGAGUUUUCUUUGUUGGGAGAUUUUAAACUAUGAAUUUAAUCUUUUUAAUAGAUGUAGGACUGUUUUGGUUAUCCUUGUUGAGUGAAAUUUUUAAUUUGUGUUUUUCAAGGAAUUAGUCCAUUUCGUCUACGUUAUUGAAUCUAUGGGCACAGAAUUGUUGUCCUUUGAAUGUCUGUUGGUUCUGUAAUGAUGUCACCCUUUUCAUUCCAUUGGUAGCUUAUGUCUUCUUUCAUUUUUUCCCUUGGUCCACUGGGCUAGAGCUUUAUUAAUUUUAUUGAUUUUUUUCAAAGAAAAAGCUUUUGGUUUCCUUGUCUAUAUUGUUUUUCUGUUUGCCAUUUCAUUGAUUUAUGCUCUUAUCUUUAUUAUUUCCUUCCUUCUCCUUGCUUUGGGUUAAAUUUUCUUUCCCUUUCCUAGUUUUUUAAGGUGGAAGCUUAAAUUAUUGAAAUUGUCUAAUUGUCCAUUUUUAAUUUUAUUUUUGUAAUUUCUUAAUUGUAAAUUUUUAAAAUUAUUAUUUCUUUUUCUUAUACCUAUUCUGGCUUUAAUUAUCUGAUCUUUUUCUAGUUAUAUUUUUGUUGACUUUCUGUGUAGUCUCAGCACAGAGAGAGGAGUGUUGAAGUCUCCAUGUAUAUUGUUGUUUUUGUUGUUAGGUGCCAUCAAGUCGGUUCCAGCUCAUAGCGACCCCAUGUACAGCAGAACAAAACACUGCCCAGUCCUGUGCCAUCCCCACAAUAAUUGUUAUGCUGGAGCCCAUCGUUGCAGCCACUGUAUCAAUUCAUCUUGUUGAGGGUCUUCCUCUGUUUCGCUGACCCUCUGCUUUACCAAGCAUGAUGUCCUUCUCCAGGGACUGAUCCCCCCGACAACACGUCCAAAGUAUGUGAGGUGUAGUUUCGCCAUCCUUGCUUCUAAGUAGUAUUCUGGUUGUACUUCGUCCAAGAUAGAUGUUUGUUCUUUUGGCAGUCCAUGGUAUAUUUGAUAUUGCCAACACCACAAUUCAAAAGUGUCAAUUCUUCUUUGGUCUUCCUUAUUCAUGUAUAAUUGGUAUUUUUUUAUUUCUCCUUUCAGUUUUUGCUUCUUGUACUUUGGAGUUCUAUUAUUGGGUGCAUUCAGUAGAAGGGUGGGAGGUCAGAGUUUAAGAAAUCUUUCCACACAUAAAGGAAAAGAGGUGGACAACAGUAGAGGAGAGCUAGGAAAUCACAGGACUGACGAGAUGAGAUUGCUUAGUAGGAGUUCCAGAAGACGACCAGAGGGAGGACAUUGUCAGGGAGUAAGCCCAGGUAUUCCGGAAUAUCAGGGCCAGGUGGCCAGCACUGGAUGGAGAGGCCCCCGGCACUCACCUUGGUGAAAGUCUGCAACCCAGGGGACAACAAGCAGAUCCUUAGUGUUCUCAGAGAGAAAGGACAGGUCUCAUGGAGAGGACCAAGGAUGGGGAAGACAUUGGUGGUGUCAGCAGCAACACCUGAACCUAGAAGCCUGUGAAGAAAUGCCCACAGGGCCCCAAAGGAAAGAAUUCACACACUCCUAAACCCUCACUCAGGUUGAGGGGCAUAAAGCCAUCUUCAGACAUCUUGGUCUUGCUGGUUCUCAAGAAGCCCUGAGGGAUUUCUCCCCAGAAUGAGGGUAGGAGGUCCUGUCAGGAGGUGGAGGGGCAUCCAGGAGGGUGGGAGAGCGGGAGCCACUGACCCAGUGGCCCAUGGAGCUGGACAGAAGCCCCUGGAGAUGCUUCUGGGAGGUGAAAUUGGCAGGCUGUCCAAGGCCCCUGGUCACUGAGGGAGGAAAAGUUCAUUCAACACGAGGGUCUGGGGGGUAAAUCAAUGAUAAAUCAGCAAAAAGGGACAUUUAUUAGCUCCAAGCAAAUAAAAAAUUGUUCAGGAACAUGAUGCGUUCAAAGCACAUUCUACAUGGCACAGCUAAGAGUCUGGGCAAACUCAUAAUAAAAUCAAUCUGGAAUACGGUUUAAGCAAAGUUAGGACCCAGCUGAAUUAGGGAAAUGGGUGCAGUGUGCUGGUGUUUGCCAGUGCAGGGCAGGGAACAGUGGCAUUCUCAGCGCCCACUGGAGCCCCAGUACAAUGUCUGAAACCUUGGGAAACCCAACAACAGUUUGUUAUGUAAGUACAUGACUCAGCAACAACAGUUUGUUAUGUAAGUACAUGACUCAGCAAGCCAGAGGUAAGGACCCAAACCGAUGGUUCCCACAAAAACCCAGUGCUCGACUGCCCCAUAGAUUUUUAAAGGAGCACCUGGCGCAUUUGAACUGCCAACCCUUUGGUUAGCAGCCAUAGCACUUAACCACUACGCCACCAGGGUUUCCAACUGAUGGUUAAGAGAGCUCAAAGCAGUUGCUCUGAGGAGCAGGAAAUGACGCAGGGACUGCUGACUUCUGUGACAGGCUCUAGGCACCUUGAUCCUUUAAAUUUUGCAUGUUUAACUUUAACCCUUUUGCCCCAGGAAAUUUAGUCAUAUGUCAGGAUUGCUCCCCAGCUUUUUUUUUUAUUCUUGUUGCUUGAUAUAUCUUUUUCCAUUCUUCAAUUUUUAACUCUUCUUUCUCAAGUGUGCCUCUUGCAGAAAGCACACUGAGGACCCUUGCCUCAAACUGUGUGUCUUUUCUAGCCAAGAGUUUAACUGGUUCAUACCUACCUACCCACCUACCUACCUACUACCAGAUGCCAUCGAGUUGACUCAACUCAUGGCACCCCCAUGUGUCAGAGUAGAGUUGUGCUCCAGAGAGUUUGCAAUGGCUGAUUCUCAGACUCCUCUAUGUGGACUCUAAUGUACAACUUUUGGUUAGCAUGUUAACCAUCUGCACCACCAGGGACUGCAACCAGUUUAUACUGCUUGCAAUUAUUCAUAUUUGGGGGCUGACUUCUGCCAUCAUGUUUUCUAUUUCCACUUACUGUACUUUCUUUGGUUUCUAUUUUUCUUCUCUCUAGCUCUUCAUGCGAUAGACUGAGUUUUCUGAUGAUAGUUUAAAAGUUACACAUUCUAUUUUUGUUCUUCCAGGGGUUGCCUUUAAAAUAAAAUAAAGCCUGUACAAAUUCAUUUCCCUGUUGGUUUCUUAGGUGUGUUAGAGCCAACAUUCCCCCACGGGUCAGUAGCCCUGGGGAUUCCUUGGCAUUCCUAGGUUUGUAGAUGGUCCUUCACUUGGUCUCUUCCUCCUGUGUGUGUCUCCGUGUCUGUACAGUUGUCCCUCGGUAUCCACAGGGGGUUGUUCCAGGACCUCUUGUGGAUACCAAAAUCCGAGAAUGCUCAAAUUCCUAUACAAAUGGUGUAGUAUUUGCAUAUACCUUACACACAUCCUCCUGUGUAUUUUAAAUCAUCUUUGUUGUUACUGUUGUUAGGUGACAUCGAGUCGGUUCUGACUCAUAGCGACCCUAUGCACAACAGAACGAAAUACUGCCCAGUUCUGCGCUAUCCUUACAAUCCUUGUUAUGCUUGAGCCCAUCGUUUCAACCACUGUGUCAAUCCAUCUCCUUGAGGGUCUUCCUCUUUUCCACCGACCCUAUACUUUACCAAGCAUGAUAUCCUUCUCCAGGGACUGAUCCCUCCUGACAACGUGUACAAAGUAUAUAAGACACAGCCUUGCCAUCCUUGCUUCUAAGGAGCUUCCUGGUUGUACUUCUUCCAAGACAGAUUUGUUCAUUCUUUUGGCAGUCCAUGGUAUAUUCUAUAUGCUUUGCCAAAACCACAAUUCAAAGACAUCAAUUCUUCGGUCUUCCUUAUUCAUUGUCCAGCUUUCACAUGCAUAUGAUUGCGAUUGAAAAUACCAUGGCUUGGAUCAGGCACCCCUUAGUCUUCAAGGUGACAUCUUUGCUUUUCAACACUUUAAAGAGGUCCUUUGCAGCAGAUUUGCCCAGUGCAAUGGGUCUUCUGAUUUCUUGACUGCUGCUUCCAUGGCUGUUAAUUGUGGAUCCAAGCAAAAUGAAAUCCUUGACAACUUCAAUCUUUUCUCUGUUUAUCAUGAUGUUGCUCAUUGGUCCAGUUGUGAGGAUUUUUGUCUUCUUUAUGUUGAGGUGUAAUCCAUACUGAAGGCUGUGGUCUUUGAUCUUCAACAGUAAGUACUUCAAGUCCUCUUCACUUUCAUCAAGCAAGGUUGUGUCAUCUGCAUAACACAGGUUCUAAUGAGUCUUCCUCCAAUCCUGAUGCCCUGUUCUUCUUCACAUAGUCUAGCUUCUUGUAUUAUUUGCUCAACAUACAGAUUGAAUAGGUAUUGUGACAGGAUACAGCCCUGAUGCACACCUUUCCUGACUUUAAACCACUCAGUAUCUUCUUGUUCUGUCCAAAUAACUGCCUCAUGAUCUAUGUACAGGUUCCUCACAAGCACAAUUAAGUGUUCUGGAAUUCCCAUUCUUCCCAAUGUUAUCCAUAAUUUGUUAUGAUCCACACAGUUGGAUGCCUUUGCAUAAUCAAUAAACACAGGUAAACAUCCUUCUGGUAUUCUCUGCUUUCAGCCAGGAUCCAUCUGACAUCAGCAGUGAUAUCCCUAGUUCCAUAUUAUCUUCUCAAUCCGCCCUGAAUUUCUGGCAGUUCCCUGUCGAUAUACUGCUGCAGCUGCUAUUUGAAUGAUCUUCAGCAAAAUUUUGCUUGCAUGUGAUAUUAAUGAUAUUGUUCUAUAACUUCUGCGUUUGAUAGGAUCACCUUUCUUGGGAAUAGGCAUAAAUAUGGAUCUCUUCCAGUUGGUUGGCCAGGUAGCUGUCUUCCAUAUUUCUUGGCAUAGACAAGUGAGCACUUCCAGCGCUGCAUCUGUUUGUUGAAACAUCUCAACUGAUAUUCCAUCAAUUCCUGGAGCCUUGUUUUUCACCAAUGCCUUCAGUGCAGCUUGGACUUCUUCCUUCUGUACCAUUGGUUCCUGAUCAUAUGCUACCUCUUGAAAUGGUUGAACCUUGACUAAUUCUUUUUGGUAUAAUGACUCUGUGUAUUCCUUCCAUCUUCUUUUGAUGCUUCCUGCUUUGUUUAAUAUUUUCCCCAUAGAUUCCUUCACUAUUGCAACUCAAGGCUUGAAUUUUUUCUUUAGUUCUUUCAGCUUGAGAAAUGCUGAGCAUGUUCUUCCCUUUUGGUUUUCUAUCUCCAGCUCUUUGCACAUGUCAUUAUACUCAUCUCUAGAUCACUUAUAAUACCUAAUACACUGUAAAAGCUAUGUAAAUAGGUGUUUCAACAAAUUGAAGACUUGUUGCGGAAGGGAGCCCUUCUCUUCUAUGAGUUUCUUGAGCUCUGCUGGGAACUCUGAUGGUGUGCCUACACAUCACUUCAUUCACGUGGAUUCAGCAUAGUGCUCGAUUUGUUGCAAAUUCAAGUUUUCUUUUUGGAACUUUUUUUUUUCCAAAUAGUUUCAACCUGCAGUUGGUUGAAUCCAUGGAUGAAGAACCCAUGAAUAUGGGGGGCUGAGUAAACUCAGCUUUUUAAGACACUACUCAGACAGGAUUGGACUUUCUGGGUGAUGCAGUUAAGCAAUUGGGUAUUAACCAAAAGGUUGGUGGUUCAAACACACCAAGAAGUACCUGGGAAGAAAGGCCUGGUGAUCUGCUUCUGAAAGGUCACAGUCUAUGGAGCACAGUUCUACUCUGACACACAUGGGGUUGACAUUAGUUGGAAGCGACUCAACAGCAACUGGUUGAAGGUUCAGAAGGGAUUAGGUUCAGGACCCACCCUAUUAACAUAACAAAGAAAAACUCUAUUUCCAAACAAGGUCACAGUCACAGGGACAGGGGCCAGGACUUCCACACAUGUUCCAGGGGGACACAAUUCAGUCCACAACACCUUCUUACAAGUCUUUGGCAGCAGCAUCCCUGGAUUCAUUUCUCUUCUUUGUGCUCUUCCUCCCAAGUGUUCUCACAGUUGGUCUCAGUGUAGAAUCUUCUUGGGUCUCACUGCACGCUUGAGAAUAUUUUUUCUUCCUUCACAUUUGGAUAAUAAUUCUGCUGGGUAUAAAAUUUUAGGUCCAAAAUUGUCUUCUUCAGCCUCUAAGAGCAUCAUUGCAUUGUUUGUAGCAGCGGUGAGGCUUGGAAUCUGGGCUGCUGUUAUCUCCCUCCACCCCUUUCCUGGUCUAGUUUCUGGAGGACUUUGGGGAGGAGCUGGUGAGCCUGUCUUGGCUGAUGCAGGGAGCCUUGUGUCCUCUAAUUUAACAAACCCUCGCUAAGUGCUAAGUGUGGACACAAAGCUACAGAAGAGGCAGCAGGUCCAGUUGGCUUGGUCCAGGUGGCUGACCACCAGGCUGUACUGGGAUCCUCAAAUUAAAACAAACAGGAAAGCCUGCUGACUCAUCUGAGGCCUGAGAGGAGGGGAUUUCACAAGUUCCCUGAAAUGAGCGUCCACCAGUUCUAGGAUGUGGAAGGGCUAGGGCGACUGUGUAGGGGCUCAGCCUCCCACCUAGGAGUCGGAUCUGAUUCACCUUGUCUAGUUCUGACUUUGUUGUGCACAGGGGCACCCGUGGGUACCCUGCAAAAGACAGCAGGACGUGGUGGCUGCUCAGCAGGCUGGCGCUGAUGUGGGCCUGGUUUCUGGAAAAGCCAGACUCCUGAGGAAUUCCCGGAAACCAGCAGUGCCUGGCACUUAAGCUUAACUCAGUGGAGAGUGGAGUCUUCCCUCACCUCAUAUGGUUGCUCUUUAAAGAAAGGCCUGUCCUGGUUGAGCUCUGGCCUGGUUGAGCUCACCUGGCCUGGUUGAGACCCUUGAGGCAGCAGUCCCGGCCUUCCUGACCAGUGUGGUCUGAGGUGCCCAGGAUAGUUUGGUGUCUCUCAACGGCUUUGCUUUAGUGGUGAGUGCAGAAGGAAUGAUCUUUUAUGCUUCAGCAACGAUUGUGGACUAUCUGGGCUUUCACCAGACGGACGUGAUGCACCAGAACGUGUAUGACUACAUCCACGUGGAUGACCGCCAGGACUUCUGCCGGCAGCUGCACUGGGCCAUGGACCCACCCCCGGUGGCGCUAGGGCAGCCUGCACUCCCAGAGACAGGAGAAGAUUCCGUCCUGCAGAGACUGCUCCAGGCCCAGGAUGCGGACGCGGGCCCUCCCCCUGAAUUCGCCGCCUUCCUGACGCGCUGCUUCGUGUGCCGCGUACGCUGCCUGCUGGACAGCACCUCGGGCUUCCUGACAAUGCAGUUUCAAGGAAAACUGAAGUUCCUGUUUGGGCAGAAGAAGAAGACACCAUCGGGGACAGUCCUGCCGCCCCGGCUCUCCCUGUUCUGUGUGGCAGUGCCGGUUCUUCUGCCGUCUGUGGCGGAGAUGAGGGUGAAGACCGCCCUUCUGCGGGCCAAGCCCAGGGCGGACGUUGUGGCCACGAUGGACACCAAGGCAAAAGCUACCCCGAGUCUGUGUGAAUCAGAAUUGCAUGGAAAGCCCAGCUACUUUGCAGGGAGGAGCAAUGGAGAGAACGGUAUCCCAGUAUUCAGAGUGCACGCAGACACUGACGCCGACCGCUGGGCCCGGGCUCCAGUCAGGGCCCCAUGCUUGUGUGUUGGUGGCACCGACCUCGUCCUUGACCCCGAGGAGGCUGAAGAGGACAGGGAAGAAGAGGACCACGGGAGGAUGCUGAGCGGCUCCUCGGGAGCGAGGGGGCAGAGGGAAGUACACAUGUACAACUGCGGCUUCAAAGCAGCGGGGAAGAUGAGGCAUCUUAGCUGGACAGCAGAGAGGCACAACCAGGGCAGCAGCGUGAAGCUGGAGCCAGAGCCCCAUGGCAGCGGCCCGCUCUCCGUGUGUGCCAAGCCCCCAGGCACCUGUGUCCCCUACCCGGGCAUCCAGGGCCCUUUCAAUGCCAGCGGGGUCACUGCUUUCAGAAAUGCACCCAGCACCCACCCGCUGGACCAUCCGCCAAGUGCCCCCUGUGGCCGGACCAGCAGGCCUUGGCAGGAUUGCGACCAGGCCCUGGUGCCCCCACCCACCAGUUGCCACCUCCCCCAGGGGGUCCUGGGGAAUGGGCUCCCUCACUCCAGAACACAGAGAUUCCCCAUGGGGGGCUAUUCUGCUGAGGAUGCCGAAUUGCAAAGUGCACCAGUGCCCCCAGCAGCUUUGUGCAACCCAGUGUUGUCACCGGAUGUGCCCAUCAAAGUGGAAAACGAUUCUGGUUCCGAGGACACAGCAGAGGGCUACACCGAGCCCCCGAGCCAGGUGUGGCUAGGAGCCAGUGACCUGGCCAAGAGACAGCAGGUGAGUUUUCCCAACAGGAUGCUCCUGAAGACAGAGCCGGACCUUCCCGGGCACCUGCCCCCCUGCGCAGACUCCAGGCAGUUCUCCUACACCCCGCACCUUGGGCCCAGCGUGUCGGGGCCUCACCCCAGCUGCAGGACCACCACCAGACCCUGCCUCUGCUACCCUGCCGGCUGGGCCUGCCUGGAGCGCACGCGCGGCCUUCCCUGUCCGGAGCUGCCCCACCGCCCACUGCAGGACCCUGGCGCGCGCCAUCCGUGCCCGCUGCGGCGCGACUGCAGGGUGCCCGGGGCCGCGCCCGUCGUCAAGCGCGAACCCCUAGACUCGCUGUCGUGGGCCAAGCACAGCCAGGGUGGGGUGCCGGGGAUGCUCCCCAAAAGUGCCCUGGCAGCGCUGGUGCCGCCCAAAGUCCCCGAGUGCAGGUUCCUGCCGUAGCUCUGCAGGCGGUUCUAACUCGCCUGGGUCCUCGCUCUGCUUCACGUCGGCCGGCGCCGGGCCCUUUGUCAGCGACAUUGUCUGCAAGGUCGCAAAGUUUCAGCCUUCUAUUACGUGUGUGUAGCGUGCGCCAUAGUGUGUUCUGUGUUCCUUAAAUGCAAAGUGGCCUCCAAGGUUUUCAAAUGCGACAGCGCUUUUCCUGGAGGAAUUAACAGAUAGGAAGCGCCCACAGCUGCCCCGCGGGCUCUGCGGGGAUGGACUCCACGCUCCAGGGGCUGCCAGCGGGGUCUGCUGGGGGUCCAGAGGACGAGAAGGAAAGGCUUUCACGUCGUUUCCAACGCUUCCCUUGCAAGCUAGCCUCCUUCCUGCCUGCGCUUGGAAGGCAGGACUGACUGGCUGUAGAGUAGACUUCAAAGAGCAGCAGACACGCUGCUCUUCCACUGACCGGACAGGUAACUAAAAAUAGAGCUCAGCGUGCCAAAGGUGACCGUAAGCCCGUUCGUGGAAGAAUCUAGAAAGUUGCAAGUGCUAUGACACUGGGCAGAAGCAGCUGUGGCCUCCUGGUCCUGCAUUUACUACAACAUGAAGCCUGUGGUCAGGGGCGCUGGGCAGAGUUUGAAGUUGUGCACAGGAAAGUGACACGAUGAUAUCCUGUUCCUUCCAGAAAAUUCUCUGAAGAUGGUUGGUGACAAUCUCUGUCUGGAUGUCAUGUAAUGCAGCACUUACAGUGUUUAGGUUUGAAGUAGAGAGAAAUACAAAAUGUACAGAAAAGAAACAGGAAAUCAAGUUGUCUGUGGCGGCUGCCUGUCUGCUGAGCCUUCCUCUGAGGUCUUCUCCAUAAGGACACAGUCGUCUUCCAGGAAGAACUGUUAGCCGGGAGGAACACAGGUGCUACAUUUUAAAGGAAUUUUUUCAUUGUCAAGGCAACACAUUCUGACUAUAGGAAAUUCCAAAUAAAAGCAUGAAUCAGAAAAUGAGGGUCCCCCAUAAUCCACACCCUGGAGAGAACAGGAAGUUCUGGCUUCUUCCAGGACCAGAGUGGCCCAGAGGCCCACCCCGCUUAGUGCAGGGCAGUCCAGGGUGUGCACACUUGGGUAUAAAAAUCUCAGCAUGGCGCUCUGGGGUCUCAGGCCCCUGUGGCUGGCCCACCUGUGCAGAGUGGACAGACCCUCCUCCAGGGACGGGGCAUCUGUGCUCUAGAGCCAGCACCACGCUGGGGGCUUGGGAGGUGGCUGGAGAGCCCUAGGAGGGACCCACUGCUCCACCAUCACUGGGCUUAGCCCGUGCUACCCCGCUCACUUUUCAGCAGGAGCAUUGCCUGCCCCGGGACUCAGCACGUACCCCACCCCUGGUUCUGGGCAAGGUCUAAGCAUCUGUUCCUGCAGCAGCAGGUUCUUAGGGGCCUGCCUGCUGGUGUGGGCUGGGUGGCUUUGCAGUGCUCCCUGAGAGUGACAGUGGCCCUCCCCUGCUGUCACACGCUGAUGAGAGUCAGGAGGUUCAACAGCCUGGUGGUACUGCACCUGAGUAAUGCAUCUCAGGUGCCCUGGAAUUUCAUGGAUGUUUGGUAAAGUAGAGGGUCAGAAAAAACAAGAGAACUCAGUGAGACGGAUUGACGCGAUAGCCACAGUAAUAGACUCAAGAAUACCAGUGAAGGUGAAGACGGGGCACGACGGGGUAAUAGACUCAAGAAUACCAGUGAAGGUGAAGACGGGGCACGACCGGGUAAUAGACUCAAGAAUACCAGUGAAGGUGAAGACGGGGCACGACCGGGUAAUAGACUCAAGAAUACCAGUGAAGGUGAAGACGGGGCGCGACCGGGUAAUAGACUCAAGAAUACCAGUGAAGGUGAAGACGGGGCGCGACUGGGCGGACGUGGGGUCACCGUGAGCUGGAGCCAACUCGACAGCAAGCAACGACAACCGGAGGAAACACAUGACCAGAAAGGUGGACUUGAGGGGCGUCUUGAAUGUUUACCACCUGUGGCCCACGCCUCAGAUUCAACCAAAGACAAGCUGCAAUCCUUGAGCCUCACGUGAGGCCGUCUGAGGAGGAGACUUACUGAAGCACAAGUGGGGUUCUUCCUCCACAGGCCCCGCACCCACCCCACCAGCAUCCUCCCAGAUGUGCAGAUGUCUGUCCACACUCACACUGAUAGGACAUGGCUCACUGCACCCAGCUGCAGCUGGCUGACUGGCAAGUUGUGUUCUGAUGGCACUGAGUGAGCAUCGUGCCAUCAGUUUUGCGGUUUUAUACCUUGGGGCCACCCCACAUUUUUCAGCUUCCUCGUGCACCGAGGCUCCAGCGGGGUGUCUGUGGUCCUCAUGUGCUUCCUGUCCCUUCCCCUGCCAGUUUGGUGCCUGUUAUGCCGACAACAGAAAUUCCUGAGUCAGCACUUUUCUUAUGUUAUUGUCAUAUCCGUCCUAAAAUACUGUGUGGGGAAGGCCGUAAUGGAAUGUAGAAGGCAAGGAUAUAGUGAUUCCUGCUUUAAAAUCCCACCAUGAGUAUUAAUUAGAGGUUCUUUUUCCUAUUGUUUGUAACUUUUCACUAUAUAGCUGAAAAAUUAUUAAAAUCAAACACGUGGGAAUGGGAUGAGAGGACAGAAACAUAUUUUUGCAGUUUUUACUGGAAAAAAGUUUUCAAUAUUUAGACUGACUUGGCUGAAUUUUUAAAACUGGUGCACUAUAAUGUCAUUUUUUGUACUGUUUUCUCUGUGCCUUCAGAAGAAGCUUUCAAAUAUAUUUCUGAUACUUCAGUUCAUAUUAAAUUUUUUAUAUCAAUAUAAAAUGUUUAAUACAUGUUUACCAUGAAUGAAAAUGUCUGCAUGAUUUUCCAAAUGAAGUGACUUUAUUUCCUUUAGUGUGUGUGGUUAAUUUUCAUCCUAACUCGGAUCUUUAGUACUAGAUAGACAGCAAUAACACAAAUAUGCCUGAACCAAGA